UUUUGAGAGCAGCCUCGGCUGCUCAGAGCCGCGGCGGCCGCCGGAGGAGCGGGGCGGCUGCUUCUGCCUCUGCCUGGAGGAGGAGGAGGAGGAGGAAGAAGAGGCUGCGACCGCCGCCUCUCCCUCCCGCCCCCCUUUCCCCUUCCGCCCCAUACCUUUAUGGACGAGCGCCGGAGCUUGCUCCACUCUCCGGCUGCCUCUUCCGCCGGCCGGCCGCCGAGCAGCAGCCACCACAACCUGGGCUACACCGAGCAGCCGCCCCCCGCCGCCCCCCGGCCCCACGAGGAGGAAGAGGGCGAGGAGGCGGAGGAAGGCAGCAUGACCGUGGUUGGGGGGGGCGGCGGCGGAGACCCCCUGCUGGAGGAGCCGCAGCAUCCGCACCCUUUGCUGGGGGGGGACCGCUACGACCACCCUCCGCCUCCGGCCGCCGGCCCCACCGGUCACCCCGCGGGCAGCGGGGAGCACGAGUGCUGCGAGCGGGUGGUGAUCAACAUCUCCGGGCUACGGUUCGAGACCCAGCUCAAGACACUGGCGCAGUUCCCUGAGACGCUGCUGGGAGACCCCCGCAAGAGGAUGCGCUACUUCGACCCCCUCCGCAACGAGUAUUUUUUUGACCGCAACCGGCCCAGCUUCGACGCCAUCCUCUAUUACUACCAGUCAGGUGGGCGCAUCCGGCGGCCUGUCAACGUCCCCAUUGAUAUCUUCUCUGAGGAGAUUCGCUUCUACCAGCUGGGGGAGGAGGCCAUGGAGAAGUUCCGAGAGGAUGAAGGUUUCAUUCGGGAGGAGCAGCGGCCACUCCCAGACAAGGAGUUUCAGCGCCAGGUGUGGCUGCUCUUUGAAUAUCCUGAGAGCUCUGGGCCAGCCCGAGGCAUUGCCAUCGUCUCUGUCCUGGUCAUCCUUAUCUCCAUCGUCAUCUUCUGUUUGGAGACCCUGCCUGAAUUCAGGGAUGACCACGACUAUGAGGGAACUGGGGGGCCCUUCGGGACAGGCGGUGGCCCUCUCCCACCUGAUGUCUUCACCAACUCCUCGUCCUCAGCCACUUCCAUGGUGUCAUCCUUCACUGACCCUUUCUUCGUGGUGGAGACUUUGUGCAUCAUCUGGUUCUCCUUUGAGCUGCUGGUCCGCUUCUUUGCCUGCCCCAGCAAGGCCACCUUCUCCAAGAACAUCAUGAACAUCAUUGACAUUGUGGCCAUUAUCCCCUACUUCAUCACGCUGGGCACUGAGCUGGCAGAGAGGCAAGGCAAUGGCCAGCAAGCCAUGUCCCUGGCCAUCCUCCGAGUCAUCCGCUUGGUGCGGGUCUUCAGGAUCUUCAAGCUCUCCCGGCACUCCAAGGGGCUGCAGAUCCUGGGGCAGACCCUCAAAGCCAGCAUGAGGGAGCUGGGCUUGCUCAUCUUCUUCCUCUUCAUCGGCGUCAUCCUCUUCUCCAGCGCUGUCUACUUUGCAGAAGCUGAUGACCCCAGUUCAGGUUUCAGUAGCAUCCCUGAUGCCUUCUGGUGGGCGGUGGUGACCAUGACCACAGUGGGCUACGGGGACAUGCACCCCAUCACCAUUGGGGGCAAGAUUGUGGGGUCUCUGUGUGCCAUCGCAGGGGUGCUAACCAUCGCUCUGCCCGUGCCCGUGAUAGUCUCCAACUUCAACUAUUUCUACCACCGGGAGACAGAAGGUGAGGAGCAAGCCCAGUACAUGCAUGUUGGGAGCUGCCAGCACCUCUCGUCUACCGAGGAGAUGAGGAAGGCACGCAGCAAUUCCACCCUCAGCAAGUCCGAGUACAUGGUGAUAGAGGAGGGGGGAAUCAACCACAGUGCAUUCAAACAGGCUGCCUUUAAGACAGGGAACUGCACAACCACAAACAAUCCCAACUGUGUGAAUAUCAAAAAGAUCUUUACGGAUGUUUAAAAACAAAACAAAACAGCAGCAAAACCUGAGGAUGUGGUAAAAAAUAAUAAAUGCAAAGUGACUGUGUACUUGGUGUUGUGUGGAACAUGCACCAUCGUCAGUCUGUGUAUGCCCUUGUUUUUAUACAUUUAUUUUUUUAGAUCUUUCCUUUCUAAAGAUCUUAAAGGGAUUUAAAUUUCUCUGAAGAAAAGAGGACAGCUAACAGUUAAAGAGGUGGAAGAUGAAGACAAAGCACUCUCACCGAUGAAGCAGGUGUUUGUUCUGCAACGUGUUGCAGGGCUGCUUUUGUUUUCUUGCUUUUGGGGACAUCUUGCUUUGCUCCUGAUUUUUUCCCCCCUUCCCUACAGGCAGCGUGGAGCCGAUUUCCCUUCCAUCACAUAAGCUCACUUGUUGGAUUAGCAGCCCUGGAUUGGGUGGGGAGACGAGGAAAACAUGUUGCAGAGCACACUGUAAGGGGGCUGGGAGGAAACAACCAUUUAAUUUUGCAGAGAGUCUCUGUUACCACAUUGUUAAAUGGUGCUUAAUAUUGAAACAUGUGGUGUGCCAUUACGGGCACAUCACAGAUUCCCUUUCCUCCCCCACUAGAUCAUUUAUGAAAUUCUAAUCUGGUCAGAGACCAAGUGCAAUCAGUUCUGACUUAAAUACAAAAAACAAAACAAAACAAAACAAAAC